AAGAAGUAAAAAUGGAGAAUUCACUUCCUCUCAGUGAUUGGCGUGUCAAGAACACUGAGCUAGUAAUAAACAGGCUCCACGCUUUCCUUCAUGGAAUUGCUUUACUAGCCUUGUUUUACUACAGGCUCAGUUCCCUUACCCAAAUCAUCAAAACCAAGGACAGUACUGCUCUCCUUUUACCCCACAUUCUCAUCCUCAUUUCUGAGCUCAUACUGUCUUUCAUUUGGCUUCUCAGUCAGGCCUCAAAAUGGAAACCUGUUAUUCGAAAAGCAUACCCUGAAAGAUUGCCGGGAGAUGAAAAGCUUCCUCCCAUUGAUGUGUUUAUAUGCACCGCUGAUCCUAACAAAGAGCCCUGUUUGGAAGUUAUGAACACUGUCAUAUCAGCUAUGACACUUGAUUAUCCUCCUGAUAAGCUUCAGGUUUAUCUUUCAGACGACGGGGGUUGUCUUGCAACUUUCCAGGCCCUUAAACAGGCUUGGAAAUUCUCCAAGUCGUGGGUUCCAUUCUGCAGAAAAUAUAAGGUGAAUAUUGCGUGCCCGGAGGCUUACUUUUUGACAGACGAAAGUGCUCCUGUUGCCAUGUUCCAUAGGACUGAGUUCAUAGCUGAGAAGAAGGAAAUCAAGAAGAGGUACAUGGAAUUCAAGGAAUCUGUGGCGAAAAUCAUUGCAGAUGCAAGGAUUUCUGUGAGCAGAGAUCAUCCGCCCGUAAUUGAGGUGAUUAAUGAUGCAAAUGUUGAUGGAAUGGAUUCGGACAAAAGAAAGAUACCUCUUCUUGUUUAUGUUGCUAGGGAGAAAAGGCCUUCUCAUCCGCACCAUUUCAAAGCAGGAGCACUUAACGUUCUUCUCCGAGUCUCUGCAAUGAUCAGCAAUGCACCAUACAUUCUGAUCCUGGACUGUGACAUGUACUGCAACGAUCCAUCAUCGGCCCGCCAAGCUAUGUGCUUUCAUCUCAACCCUGAAUUAUCCCCAAAGCUUGGUUUUGUUCAGUUCCCACAAAGAUUUUACAAUAUCAAUGAGACGGAUAUAAAUGAUGGGCAGCAAAGAUCCGUUUGGUCAAAAUGGGAAGGCUUAGAUGGGCUGGGAGGACCAAUCUUAUCUGGAACAUGCUUUUAUAUAAAAAGGGAAGCACUUUGUGGAACUCAAAAAUUUCGAGAGGAUGUUGAUCUUAUCAAGUUGGAGAAGUGUUUUGGUUCAUCCUACGAGUUCAUCAAGUCAAUAAGUAUAUAUUACAGGCGGAAUUAUCAAAUUGAACAUGAGUUUGGUGAAAAUAAAGUGCAGAAAGAGCUCCAAUUGCUAGCUUCGUGUAGCUAUGACAACGACACGAAAUGGGGGAAAGAGGUGGGCUUCAGAUAUAUCAGUGUGGUGGAAGACUAUUUUACAGGCUUCAUUUUACACUGCAAGGGCUGGAUUUCUGUGUAUUAUGAUCCUCCCAGGCCAGGUUUCUUGGGUGCAACCCCUAUAAGUCUUAAUGAAAUUCUGGUUCAGCAAACGAGAUGGAGCGUAGGCUUCUACCAAGUCACGUUGUCGAGGUUUUCUCCCCUCAUAUAUGGACUCCUGAAAAUGUCAACUUUUCAUAGCAUGUGCUAUGCAGAAUUUCCUUAUAGCCAGUUUUAUUUCCUAUCCUUUUACGUUCUAGCCCUCAUUCCUCAACUCUGCCUAAUACGCGGCAUUUCUCUGUACCCCGAGGUUUCAAGUCCGCUUUUCGUCGUCUUUUUGUUUAUUUUCCUUUCAGCGCAACUCAAACACGUGCAAGAGGUGUUCGUGACCGGGCACUCAAUGAAGACAUGGGCGAACGAGCAAAGGAUGUGGAUGAUGAAAUCACUGACAUCCUAUUUAUUUGCUGGACUGGAAGUUGCAAUGGAGAAAAUUGGGUUGACGGAAACCAGUUUUCUGCCAACCAAUAAGGUGGUUGACGACCAGCAAACCAAAUGUUACCAAAUGGGAGUAUAUGAUUUUCAAGCACCAGCUCGCUUCAUGGUUCCAUUGUGCAGUCUUUACAUACUGAACGUUGCUUCAUUUAUCAUUGGAUUCGGAAGGAUUUUGCAGACUCAGAAAUGGGGUGAGAUGCUUCUACAAGCUUUUAUCCCGUUAUUUGCGACGAUUUUGCAUUUCCCUUUACUCGAAGGAAUGGUGUUGAGGCAGGACAAGGGCCGAGUUUCAGCAUCUGUCUCUCUUCUUUCUGCUAUAAUUUCCACAACGUUGUUGUCUUUUGCAUUGCUCCUCAAUUACUAUUAAGUUAGAUUGUAUGUAUAUGGUUAUUACUUAAAAGCUUGUCAAAGUUUUAUUUCAAUGACCUAUCAAUCAUGUCCGAAAAGUCAGAUCUAAAAUUUAGUACUAAUCAAAAGGGUAUUGGAGGAUGUCUCAUUAUAGAGGUUUAUAGAAUUACA